AUGGAUGCACCAGAUCUUUACUAUGAACAUCAAGAGACUAAUGUCACCAAUAGAUCGGGGAUAAUCCCUGCACUUCAAAAUGUAGUAGCAACUGUGAACCUGAACUGCAAACUUGAUUUAAAGAACAUUGCACUGCGUGCCAGAAAUGCAGAAUACAAUCCGAAGAGAUUUGCAGCAGUUAUCAUGAGGAUACGCGAACCCAAGACAACAGCAUUGAUAUUUGCCUCAGGAAAGAUGGUGAUAACUGGUGCAAAGAGCGAAAAGAGCUCAAAAAUGGCUGCACAGCGAUAUGCAAAGAUAAUCCACAAAUUAGGAUUCAAUGCAACUUUCGAUGACUUCAAGAUACAAAAUAUCGUCUCUUCAUGCGACAUCAAAUUUAGCAUCCGAUUGGAAGGACUAGCAUAUGCGCAUAGCAACUACUGCAGUUACGAGCCAGAGCUUUUCCCAGGCUUAAUAUACAGAAUGGUGAAGCCAAAGAUUGUUCUGUUGAUCUUUGUCUCUGGGAAGAUUGUUCUUACAGGUGCAAAGGUGAGAGAUGACAUAUACCAGGCAUUUGAAAAUAUAUAUCCGGUCCUUACACAAUACAGAAAGACGUAG